CAGCUGAAGCCAUGAGGGCCAUAUUGCUGACUGUGGUUUACAUCCCCUUCACCGUGGCCUUGCAACGGGUCCCACUCGUUCGAUUCAAAUCUAUCAAGACACAACUUAAAGAAAAGGGAGAAUUGGAGGAAUUCUGGAGGAAUCAUCACCCUGACAUUUUUGCUCGGAGACACCUCUAUUGCUUCCCUCCAGAUCUCACUUUGUCAGUAGGAACUGCUUCAGAAAGGCUGUAUGACUACAUGAACGCACAGUACUACGGAGUCAUCAGCGUUGGCACACCGCCUCAGAGCUUCACCGUGGUGUUUGACACUGGCUCCUCCAACUUUUGGGUCCCUUCUGUUUAUUGCAUCAGUGAAGCAUGCAGGGUGCACCAGAGGUUCAAGUCCUUUCUGUCAGAUUCAUACGAGCACGGUGGGGAACCCUUCUCCCUGCAGUAUGGCACCGGGCAGCUUCUGGGCAUUGCGGCCAAGGACACGCUGCAGAUCAGUAACAUCUCCAUCAAGGGACAGGACUUCGGCGAGUCCGUGUUUGAGCCAGGAAUGACCUUUGCCCUUGCCCACUUUGACGGUGUCCUGGGCCUGGGCUACCCCUCCCUAGCAGUGGGCAAUGCUCUGCCUGUGUUUGACAGCAUCAUGAACCAGAAGCUGGUGGAGGAGCCAGUCUUUUCCUUCUACCUGAAGCGGGGAGACGACACUGAGAAUGGUGGUGAGCUGAUCCUGGGGGGCAUAGACCACUCCCUCUAUAAAGGCUCAAUUCACUGGGUCCCAGUCACUGAGAAGAGCUACUGGCAGAUACAUCUGAACAAUAUAAAGAUCCAGGGCCGGGUGGCAUUUUGCUCCCAUGGCUGUGAAGCCAUCGUUGAUUCUGGCACUUCUCUCAUCACCGGUCCCUCAUCACAAAUCAGACGAUUACAGGAGUAUAUUGGGGCAAGUCCGUCGCGUUCUGGAGAGUUUCUUGUAGACUGCAGAAGACUGUCCAGCUUGCCCCACAUCAGCUUCACCAUUGGGCACCACGAAUACAAGCUGACAGCAGAGCAAUACGUUGUGAAGGAGUCCAUCGAUGACCAAACCUUCUGCAUGAGCGGCUUCCAGUCUCUUGACAUCCCAACUCGCAGUGGCUCGCUCUGGAUUUUAGGAGAUGUCUUUAUGUCUGCCUUUUACUGCAUUUUUGACCGUGGGAAUGAUAGAGUGGGAUUUGCAAAAUCUGCUCACAGGGAUGAUUAUUAGUGAGUUGUAAUAGCAUUCAUUCUGCAUCGGCAUGGAUGCUGAUAUAAUGAUUUUGAGCAGACUUGUGAAAAAGGACUAAAGGUGAAACUGAACCAGAAUGCAGACCUGCUCCUCAAGUUUUAAGUGCUCGGGGCAAUCCUUGUCCCAAAUUAUUCAGUUUGGUUCAAUAUCUGUAUGCUUACAAGUGAGAUACAUGCGCUUCCUGAAUAACUCUCUUGAUGAAGAGAGCUCAUCUCAGCAUGCUGUGCAGCUCUGCAAGAGGGCAGGAAGGAUGAAAAUGCUGAACAGCAUAAGACUGAGAGUAUAGCAGUUAGAAAUGAGUGAAGCUAAUCCCAGGCUGGUUUGUUUGUACCCUUUUUUAUUCCUGUGUGCCAUUUCCAUCUCAUUUUCCCACUGACUUCAUUUUUCCCAUUAUGUUCUUGUUUUGGCAACUUUGUCUCCUUCCUGCCGUGGAACCUUCCAAACCCACAUUCUGUUGGGUUUGCUCCAACCAAUUCUUAUGAAAAGGAGUGAUCCCUGAGUGACCACCACACUUUCUGACACACUUCCUUGCAGACAGCUUACAGCUUUCUCAAACCUGCUCUUCUCCUAGGUUUGUUCUAUUGACUUUUUACUUCUCCUCCUCUGGGUCUUGGUGUUCAUUGUCACUUGAUUCUGAUCUUCUGGGUUCAGGGUAUCUAUUUGCAUUGCAAAAACCACACUGCAGUCCACACAAGGGGAGUUGCUGAACUUUCUAUGGUUGAUCGAGCCAAAGAAGAUUUACCUAAAUGAAACCUACUGGAAUAUUUGUUUCGAUUGUUAAAACCACUGCUGCCUCUGUACAUGUGAAUA